AUGUCCGGUCGUGUCCUCAAAUCUAACCCGUGGUUUACUCUGUGUUGGAUCCCCAUCAUUCCGCUCUCAAUAAAAGGCUACAAGGAUGUCACUUGCCACAUUUGCAACUUUCGCCAACCUCUCGAGAACAGACCCGACGUCACGGCCAUGGCCAACGGCGGCGGCGCUCCACCACCCGGUCAAUGGCAGCCCGCGCCGCCUCAACAGCAGGGAUGGAGCGGCCCGCCUCCUCAAGCCCAGCAGCCGGCGAGAUACGGUUAA